UGUUUGUGUAGGAAUUUGUUCUGUAGAAAACCUGCCUGAAUGGAAGCUGAAAGGAGAACUAGCUUAAAGGAUGUUAUAAUGUAGACAUGUUGACGACCUCAUCCUCAGACAAGCAAAGACACCUCCCUCCAGCAAUGUCCGACUCUCCUAACCCGGUGACAGGCCUGAGCCCAGCUGACUGUGACGUCGUCAGGGCCAUCUGGGCCAAGGCGUAUGCUCCAGAGGUCAGAAAGGAGAACGGGGAGACGCUCAUCCUCAGCUUGUUUAAAACCUUUCCGGAAACCCAGGAUCUGUUCCGAGCUCUUAAAGAUCUAAGCCUGAAAGAACUGGGUGAGAGCAAUGUGUUUGCCCGCCACUGCUCGCUCGUCAUGGCUCAGCUCAACGCCAUGAUUGGUCAGCUGGAGAACACAGACAAACUGGUGCCCAUGUUGGUGAAGUUAGCAGAGGAUCACUACAAGGUCAACGUCAAGACAGCUGAGAUCAAGCAUCUGUCCGCCAUAACUGAGGGAUACUUCUGUCACGUGCUCAAGCAGGACCAGCUGUCCCCGGAAGUGACGCAGGCCUGGACGAGGCUGCUGACCGCUCUAGUCGGAGUCUUCCAGCAGGUGGAGAACCAGAAGGCGUGACCACCACGUCCACUGACCACCACGUCCACCACGUCCACUGACCACCACGUCCACUAGAGGGCACCACAUCUAGCCGGAGAGGUCACUAUGUUUGGUCCGCUGCCAUGCCACCUUUUUACUAUCACGCGUAACCGCACAAACACACACACACACACACACACACACACACACACACACACACACACACACACACACA